GGGAGCACUAUCCACUCAGAACCUGCUCGGCGCGAUAAUGCCACAGGUGCAAACGUCAGCAUUAAAGGGACGCCUUCGCUCACCCCGGCACUUCUGGUAGCAGCAGCAGUCGCCGCAGGGAAACCAGGCGGAUUAACGCUGAUUAAAAGAAAAUAAUAGACCUCAUCGAUCUAGGGACGGGUCUGUGAAGAGACGGCGUUAGAAGGACCAGCUCAGGACACCUCCAGUCGCAGAGCCAAUGACCGGAGCGAGCGGGAGUCGUUAGCGCAGCGGCGGGCUGAUCGAGACCAAUAACAGGCGCAGUUUAAGAAACUCUACGCGAGUAAGUUUGCAAGAGGAUUGAAGGUGGAACAGGUCUAACAGUCCGGGAGAAAGAGUGUGAUUGCUUCCAGUGCAACAGCCGGAGAGCUGGUCCCAGCGGAUGGAGAAUUGGGAGGGGAGGAGGGGGGGCUGCAAAUAAUGUUUUGCUUCUUUAACAUCGUAUCUGUUUGAAAACAAGGAAUUAUUGUGUCGGGGAGGAGAGGAGGAGUCGUCCUCUCUAGUCACUCAACACUCUCCCUGCGCUGGAGACAAGUUUCAAUUGGAGCUUGGGGUGUUGAACGACAGCUCCAUGUCCAGAACGAUGUCCCAGGCAGAGGUAGACCUGGCCGGCUUUGGGGUCAUGGCUUCGGCGCUGGACUUGGAGCGCUCCUCCCUCCUCAACAAGAUGCACAGCCGCCGGCGGAGGCUGUCGGCCAAGGACGGCAGGAGAACACCGCACCGAGCCCAGAGGAAGAGCUCCAUCGAGAUCGAGCUGGGCGCCGACGGGUUGCUGCUCCGCCGCCCGUCUUGGGCUCACCUCAGUGAGCCUGACGGCGAGCCGCCGCCGCCGCCUCCACCUCCACCUCCUCCUUCUCCUCCUCCUCCUGCCCCGUGUCUCGGAGAGCCGCCAACGGGCGAGGCGAGCCAAGGCGGUCCCAGCGCCCCGCCGGUGGCCAAAGCCGUGGCGGCCAACAGCUCGGACACCGAGGAUGGCAGCCCCCGCACCCCGCACAAGGAAGCGGCUCCCGAGGAGAAUAAGAUGGAACCAGAGGAGAAUGAGGUGGAGAUGAAGGCGGUCGACACGUCUCCUGAUGGCAGGUUCUUGAAAUUCAACAUUGAGCUCGGAAGAGGUUCCUUCAAGACGGUCUACAAGGGCUUGGAUACAGAAACUACCGUGGAGGUGGCAUGGUGUGAGUUGCAGACUCGGAAGUUAUCGAAGGCAGAGAGGCAGAGGUUCAGUGAGGAGGUGGAGAUGCUGAAGGGAUUACAACACCCCAACAUUGUGCGUUUCUAUGAUUCCUUUAAGUCUUCUGUGAAAGGUCACAAAUGUAUUGUGCUGGUGACUGAGCUCAUGACAUCGGGGACACUCAAAACGUACCUAAAGCGUUUCAAAGCAAUGAAAAAUAAGGUUCUGCAGAGGUGGAGCAGACAGAUCCUGAAGGGUCUUCAGUUUCUCCAUACCCGGUCUCCUCCCAUUAUCCACCGGGAUCUGAAAUGCGAUAACAUUUUCAUCACAGGCCCGACAGGCUCAGUGAAGAUUGGUGACCUCGGUCUUGCAACACUGAAAAGUGCCUCGUUUGCAAAAAGUGUAAUAGGUACUCCAGAAUUUAUGGCCCCUGAGAUGUAUGAAGAAAAAUAUGAUGAAGCUGUUGAUGUUUAUGCAUUUGGCAUGUGCUUAUUGGAAAUGGCUACCUCAGAAUACCCAUACUCAGAGUGCCAUAAUGCAGCCCAGAUAUAUCGCAAAGUAACAAGUGGUGUUAAACCAGCCAGUUUUAACAAGGUAAAAGUCCCAGAACUCAAAGAGAUUAUUGAAGGAUGCAUCCGCCAAAACAAAGAUGAGAGGUACACCAUUCAAGACCUUCUCGACCAUUCAUUCUUCCAAGAGGACACUGGGGUCCAUGUGGAACUUGCAGAGGAAGAUGAUGGAGCAAAAUCUGCCCUGAAGCUCUGGCUCCGCAUGGAUGAAUCAAAGAAACUCCAUGGCAAAUACAAAGACAACAAAGCCAUAGAGUUCUUCUUUGAACUAUACAAGGAUGUUUCAGAAGAGGUGGCACAGGAAAUGGUGACCUUGGGUUUCGUUUGUGAGGCUGACUACAAAUUAGUUGCAAAGGCCAUCAGAGACCGCGUGACUGAGGUCAAGAGAAAAACGUGAGCGAAACCAACGCAUGCAGGAGGAACUGAAAAAAAAAGAGCAGGAAAAAAAGAAAAAGAUUUGCGAGCUCUUGGAAGAGCUAAGUUGCCUCAAGACGCAACAGAAAGUGCAGCUGGGGUUACUCAACCACCCCAGUCUCUAGCCACCACACGUCCCAUUGAGACACUGCUGAAUUCUCCCUUUCCACCAGAGCCUGAGGAGCCAGAGGCUGAUCAGCAUCAGACUUUUCGAUAUAGGAACACAAAUUAUUCUUCAGCUACAUCUGAUUGUGAGACUGAUGGUUAUCUGAGUUCUUCUGGAUUCUUGGAUUCCAAUGACAAUUUGCACAUGGCUGGCCGAUUAGCCCCAAAGUCUGGAAUUGGUCUCCAAUUUCCUGCUAACAUUGCUGUGACCAUUCCCUCCAAACAACAUUCAUCUCUUCACAGUGGGCUUCAUUCACCAGGUGACAGUUACGCCUCAGAUGCUGCUUCUGGAAUGAGUGAUGGAUACGAAGGCCUGUCUGCAGGAGAAGGUUCGCAAAACUGCCAGUGAAGCGUUAUAGCGAGUAAACUCAUUCGAAAGCGUGGCAGAUCCAGGCUACGGAUUCUUAAUAUUUCAGACAAAGGAGAUCGAGUUGUAGAAUGUCAGCUGCAGACCCACAACAACAAAAUGGUGACCUUCAAGUUCAACUUAGAAGGUGACUGCCCAGAAGACAUUGCUGCAGUUAUGGUCAAUAGGGAGUUCAUUCUACAAUCAGAGCAGGACAGUUUUGUCAGCAAGCUGCAAGAAAUCAUACACAAGGCAGUGGCCGUGUUGAAGAAGGAUAUUCACAAUACAGAUGCACCUACUAAGCUGCCAAGUACUCUGAGCUCCCGUGAUUCACAAGAAGGAGAAAAGUCAAACCACCCGCCACACCCCUCAUCAUCAUCUUCAACUGGAAUAGGAGAGGGUACCUUGCACAGUCAUGUGGUACAGUCUCCAACAAGGAAGUUUUUGGUCAGCCAUGUUCCUGAAACUUCAUCAAGUGUAUCCUGCCAAGCCAGAGCAACAAGCCAACUAGUUUCAACUGGCCAUACAACAGUAGCAACGUAUAACACAACAGCAGUCUCCAAUCACAACCCUGUCCCAGCCUCUGAAAAUGUACCCUGUGGAACUGACCCUUCUUUGCCUACAACAUCUCUCCCUGCUGCUGCAUGUACUUCAAAUACUCAUCUAAACUCAACACUGAAUCAGCAGGGAAGUGGGCAACAUACCGUCCAAAGAGAAUCUGCAACAAGAGGAGCAGGGAAUGUUGAUAAAGAAAUGCCACCACUUCUGCAGCCACAGACUACAGCCUGGCCACCAACUACCCAGCCCCUGUCUGUUCUGGCUGACAUGCUGUCAUUGAUGUGCAUGAGUCAGCUGGCCCAUUCAAUCAUACCCAGUAAUUCUUCACAAUCACCACUGAUAUCCCCCUGCAGCAACAAUUCUUCCCCAGGCUCCCCUCUGUUCUCACCAGUUAACCUUUCCAGCUCGCCUCACCUUUUAUCUCCAGGACCAAAUGUUGGACAACAGCCAAGUAAUGGAAUCAGAAGUUUAGGCGAGCAACUUGGAUCAUUUUCUGAAUGUAAUAUGUCUCAUGAGGUACUGGAAAACCUCAGCCAUUUGCCAGGAAUGUCACCCUCUAAAUUCAAUCAUAUAUCAUCAAGUAAUGAUGGUGGAUUGAGUCCAACACACCCAGAUAUCCCACAGCAGAAAGUAGCUCCUCCUCCAAAUACUUACACUUCUGUGCCAAUUCCAAUAUCAGCUUCUUGCAGAAACUCUGUCUCACCAGCAAAUUCUCCACUGCAUUCACAUUCCAGUCCUAUAUAUAAUCUUGCAGCUUCACUUCCACCACAGCAGAAUGGUAAUCCAGGAAAUUACGGAAACACUGGUUUCCAAGGCAGAACAUCAGAUUCACCGUCUAUGCCUCAAACUCCUGUUACAGAUCAAACAGGCAGCUCAACUACAGAGCUUGAGAAUAAACAGUUCUCGCUGUUGGAUAUAAAUAACAAAAAAAUACCACCAAUGAUUGUGACCGAAGACUUAACAUCACAAUCGGGAAAAUCACCACUGCCUUCUAUAACUGAGGAGUUCAAAAGUUUUCAACCAUCUGCAUCAUUUCAGCCCCUUCCAGUGGGACACUUUGAGGUUUUGAAAACUCAAGAUCUAACCAAAAAGGAUUCUCAACUAACAAAAGAAGGUGAUCCUAAAACAAAAGAUCAGUUGGUUCCAGGCAACUGUACCACUUUGCAUUCAACAAUGACACCAAAGGAUUCAGUGUUGGAUGUUGGAUUAGGUGUUGCAUUGGGAAAUCAUCAAGACAGCGACAACAGCAACUUAGUGGCUUUGCCAGUUUCACCUAUCCAGUUGGUGCAGCCUUCCCUAGACAUUCCUGAUGCUGCUGCAGACAGUCAUACACCAGAGAGUAACAAAGUAGUGGCCAAUUCAGGAGAUGAUAAACGAAACAGUGAUUCCAAGUUAUCAGAUGAGCACAACUAUUCAGUCCCAGUGCCUGGACGGAUUCAGCAUUCACGAACUUCAAUCUAUAUCAGCAGUGAUGACUCUGAAACUGAUGAUGAUGAGAUAUUUGAAGAGUUGCAAACUCUGAGAGAAAAGCACAUGGCAGAGGUUCAGAGACUGCAGGCAAUGCAGAAGAAGGAGAUUGAGCAGCUCUAUGAAAAGAUGGGCAAAGUGCCUCCCGCUGGAAUAGUAUCACCAGCUGCAAUCCUGAAUGGAAGGCAAAGGCGUUUGUCUAAGGGCAAUUUUAACCAAUCCCGUCGUAAUAGCCUGCAACGACUUGAACCUUUACAACAACCAGGCUUCAGCAGAAGGAAUUCCUUAACUGGCAUCUGCAGCUCACAAGAUCAACGCCAAAUGCAGUCCACCAUUGGUGGGGGUUACUUUUCCUAAUAGCUUCUAAAUGGUGAUAGACAGCCUUCAGAAGCUAAGGCUUUGCGUAAUAAAUUUAAAGUAAAUGGAGCAGAGAAAUAGUUAUGGUUCUGACUGCAACAUACAUCUGGCACUAUGAUACUUCAAGUGCUUAAACUGCAGAAAUCACCAGUUGUCAGUAGCUUUGAGUACAGUUAAUGCCAUUAUUAAUUUGGACAUGGACUGCUAUGUGAUGCAAUUAGUUAACAGUCAGCUUUCUUAUAUAAAAGGCCUUUUGUUUUAUAUGAACAUAAUAACCUUAAACAGAUGUUCAGAAGAGAACAUGGAUGAUCCUAGUCAUAAAUCCUCUUCCAUUGUCAUUAAAGAUCUUGAAAUAUAUUGCUUUUGACUUUUCAUUCUAAGCACUAAUAUAAUUUUUAGAAAUACUAAGGAAUCAGAACUGUUUAAAAAAUUAUUUUUCCUUACUACAGAAUUUUUCAUUAAAAUAUACUAUUCUUGGUAAUGUGUCUAAGAAAAUCUGAUCAAAUCAGAUUUAAAACCAAAUAUAAAAAAAAAGAGCAGGUAAUAAUUUUUGCCUUAAUUUUAGAGGAAGUUUGUUAACCUUGUAAACAAUGGAAAGGCAAUUCCAAGACAAUAAGAAUACUUGAUGCUAAGCAGCCAAAUCAUUUUUAUAUUUUUGUGUUAAAGUAUGUUCUUCCACUGUCACAAACUGCAAGGACUGAAUUUAUUGACUUUGAUUGUCUGUAUAUAUGUGUAUAUAAAAUGUACAUUUUAAGCAAUAAAUUAUACAAAGAUUAUAUUGAUAAUUAGAUUCCUAAUUUUAAAAUAAGCUGUAUAAGUAACUUUAACAAAUGGAAGAUUUAGAUACAUUUAUUAUUCCUUUUUCUUUGUAAUAGACAUUAUAUUUGCUUAUAUUAAACACAAGGGUGUCACUUCAUCAGAGAAGUUUGCUCAUUUUGUAAAAUAUUUUGCGUAUUUGAGUUGCAAAACUGACUUUGGUGUAAAUGUGUAUCUGCAAGGAACGGAGAUUCUGUAUUUAGAGACAAUUGUUGGUUAUCUCAAGAAAGUUGAUCUUAUAUAAAUCCUUAUGAUUCAAAUCAUUGUGUACAUUCACACCUUGUAAUAAGAUGCUAGAUAAAUUAUUUCACACUUCAUGGAAAUAGAAUUUUAUAUAAAUUGUGUUGUAAUGUCUUUUGAAGUACAAGGUCAUUUUCACAAACCUACAGAACAUUGAACUUGGUAUCUCUAUAGCAUCGAAGCCAAGCCACAUCUUUAUUUUAGGUUAGCCUUAUUUUAAUAUCUCACAUUUGGGAAAGCCAAACAAAUUGGAAAUGUUAAUACAUGUUUUAAUACCAAGAUCUUGAAAUCACAGGAUCAGAACAGUUAGGGCAUCUGGAAUACAAGAGUGACACAAAACUCCUUGCAAACUUGGAUUGGUGAUGUAAAACAAUAAGGACUUAAUUUCACUGCUGGUUUACAAAAAGGCAUUUAAACUUGAGGUUUGCCUUCGAUUUCUAAAAUAUCAGUUUCAGCAGCCUGGUAUAGACAAUUCUCUGAGGUAAUACUUGUAUGAGAUUAAAAUAUUACUGUAACACCACAGUCAACUACGCCAAGAGAGUGGGCAAAGGAUGAAAUUGAACUGUGUGGUAGAGAUAGGAUUGUGUAUCAGAGUGAUGCCACAGAGGGAACUUCCCUCCUCCAUAGGGCGCAGCAAAGUUAUAAAAAACCUUCUUUAUAAAUGUUAUUGCUACACCAGUUGAAAUGAAAUCUCCCUAAUCACCUAAGUCCCAAUAUUAGUGAAUUGUUACUUCAGCCAAAAUUAAAUGAUGAAAUCAAAUAAUUAUUUUUCCUACAUUUGGUUUAAAAUUUCCACAAAGGUUCUUUUCAAACUUAAAGUUCAAGGCUAAAAUGUUAUAUUUUUCUGAUAAGCAUUAGUUGAACAAUGUCAUUUAAGUCACAAGUCUGUAUCUGUACAAAUGUGAAUUGGCCUAAAAUCUACAAAGGAUCUGAAUAUGUCCUCACAUGUAUGUCUAAAGCUAAGCAAUAAAUUGUCUGAAUUACUGGUAAAAAGUUAUUUUCUUUAUUUCCUGUUUUAAAGCUAUUUGGAUUUCUAAAAUGAAGAACACAUUCAACACCUUAAUGUUAUUGUGAAAUUUUAGUUUAUUCUGAUUGUAAAAUUGCAAAUUAUUCAUCUUCUACAUCAAAAUGUUAAAAGGAGUAGCAUGCCACUUCAUUGUCUUAGUGAUAUUAUGAUCCUGCUGGGUUGGCUAUGAAAAGAUUGAGCUGUGUCAUUGCCUCCGUUUUGGAAUAUCAGAGGAAGAAAUUGGCCAUUUAAAAAGUCUAUGUUAUGAGAAAGUGAGAAAAGACUUAUUAAUGCUAUAUUGCUGAUCUGUAAUACAAUUCCCAUUUAUCUUUAAAUAUGUUAUUUUUCUAUGUGACUGGUUAGAGUUUGUUUGAAAGUUGGAGAUACUAUUACACAAUAUACAAGUCUCUGAUGCCCAUAUCCUAACUCUCAUCAAGUUCUAUUCACCCAUCAUGGUAAUCCUUGCUGGCCAACUUUGAUUACUGGGCUUACUGUCCCCUCCUUUCACCCCUUCCCCUGUAUCUUAAAAUGUUUUUUUUUAAUUCCAAUUCAAGGUAAUUGUCUUGAAUUAUUAAAUUUCGCUCUCUCUCUCUGAAGGUGCUGCCUGACUUGCUGAGUAUUUCCAGUGUUUUAUUAUUAAAGUACUGAUAUCCUGAAAUUAUUUGCCAUCUCAAAUGUUUAUUAAUCCAUUUAUAGGUUUGUAUUUAAAAGGCACAAAUAACCUUCAGCAACAUGAAAUAUGUACACAAGUGUAAUUAUGAAAUUUUAAAUGUCACGCAUUUACAUUACUGAUGAAAGAGGAGUAUUUUCAGAGCAGUCAUCCACAAACAUAAGCAUCCACCAAACAAUCAGCAGCUAUUUCUUCAAUGUGUAUAGGUGUUCCAGUUACCUAUUACGUGUAUUAAUCAAACUCCAUGGAGCAUUUCCUGAUUCCAUUCUUAAUUGCGUCUUUCAUUUACUUAAGGCUUCUUACUAUCUUAUACAUCCUUGUGAGGCCCAUCUUUAACUCAUUUCAAGUUCAAAAGCAUGUUUUGCCAUCUUUUCCUGAUAUGAAGGAUCAAGCUUUUUAUCUCCAUCUCAAAUAUAUUAAUAUCUUCACUUCUCAUAAACCAGAAAUAUAUAUAGAACCUAGGACGUGGUCUGCUUUUUUUUUGAAAAGGUGGCAAUAGAAACAAACUCAUCACUUCAGGUCAAUGACCUUUCAUUAGAAAGAUCUGAGUAUAACUAUGGCUCCCUUUAACUUAAAGCUAAGAACUUUUAAGUUUUCAGACUUCAAAUAAAAAAAGUUGCAAUGGAAUGAUUAAAUUUCAGUUAAAUAUCCUAUCAUUAAGUGUGAAGA